AUUCGACUUAAAUAGAAUUGGUCGCACUAAUGUCAACAGAAAUUUUUGCACUAAGUGUAUUUUGUGCAGAUUAUUUGAUUAAAAUUAAUCCGAUUUAAAGUAUUGUCCAUAAUGGAGGUGGUUGAUCCAGAUGCUCAUUUGGUGGCACUAAAAGUAAUGCGUUUGAUGCGGCCCACUUUAGUCGGACUUGGACCUGUAGUAACCUGCGAGCCAUCGGAUUUGGUUCAAAAAUUUAACAAUUCUCAGGAAAGCGACGGUAUAUUGGGAGCCUGUGCGGAAACCUUAGCGGCCGGACAAGUUCUGUUGCUGCCUCAAUCUUUUGGGAGCAUUUAUUUAGGUGAAACAUUCGCCAGCUACAUCUGUGUCCACAACACCACCGCCAAUCCUGUGGAAUGUGUGACUGUUAAGGCUGACUUGCAGUCAAACACGAGCCGAAUUAAUUUGUCGAUGCACGAGAACGUCAAAUCACCGGUGGUAUUAGCGCCCGGUGGAACUAUUGACGAUGUUAUACGAUAUGAGGUUAAGGAAAUCGGAACUCAUAUUCUCGUCUGUGAAGUGAAUUACUCAACUCCAGCGGGCUAUGCGCAGUCCUUGAGAAAGUUUUUCAAGUUUCAAGUUCUUAAACCCCUUGAUGUAAAAACCAAGUUCUACAAUGCAGAAAUCGACGAAAUAUACUUGGAGGCCCAAAUACAAAACGUGACCACCAGCCCAUUCUGCCUAGAAAAAGUCGAAUUGGAUGGUUCGGAAGAUUACUCCGUAACUCCAUUGAAUACACUUCCAAAUGGCGAAUCUGUUUUUACUGUCAAGAACAUGUUGCAACCUAAUAACAGUUGCCAGUUUCUUUACUGCAUUAAACCCAAGGGUGAUAUAGCUAAGGACAUAAACACUCUGCGGCAAUUCAAUAAUGUGGGAAAGCUGGAUAUCGUGUGGCGGUCUAAUCUGGGCGAAAAGGGCAGGCUGCAAACCAGUCAAUUACAACGGCUGCCAUUUGAGUGUAAAACCCUCCGUUUGGAAAUACUGGAUGCGAAGAAUACAAUUAAAAUCGGAACAAUAUUCACGUUCAACUGCCGUGUGACGAAUACAUCUGAGCAAACUAUGAAAUUGAAUGUUCGCCUGGUUUCCAAGUUUUCUGCAGAUAGUCAAUAUACUGGUUGUGCCGAUUUUAUGCUGGGUCUGCUGCAAAGUGGGGAGGCUGCAGAGUUUCCUUUGUCCGUUUGUCCAUCUAAAUUAGGCCUCGUUAAAAUAUCACCAUUGAUAUUGACCAACACACUCCAAAAUGAACAAUUUAAUAUAGAAAAUGUUGUCGAUGUAUUUGUAAUAAGUUCGGACUACAAUAACGAUCCCACAACUCACCAAAAUAAGUUAAUUCGUUAUGAAAGUGCUGCAAACUGUUUAAAUCAAAAGCAAGUUCAAUUGCAGGUUGUAUAGAAUUAUCUGUUAAUAAAUGUUCAAAUAAAAUAUUAAAAAAAUA